GCCCAGCUUGGGGACAGCCGGCUUAGCCCAGAUGUGGGCUACCUGCUGCUGUACACCCUUUGCCCGGCGCUCUAUGCCUUGGUGGAGGAUGGGCUGAAGCCGUUCCAGAAGGACGUUAUCACAGGCCAGAGGAAAAAUUCCCCCUGGAGCGUGGUGGAAGCCUCCGUGAAGACAGGCCCCAGCAGCCGCGCUCUCCACUCGCUGUGCUGGCACGUGGCCGGGCUGGCCCCUCUCAGCAGCACCAGGCAGAAGUUUCAUGCCUUUAUCCUCGGCCUUUUGAACAUUAAGCAGCUGGAGCUGUGGAUCUCUCACCUGCAGAAGAGCCCAGGUGUCGUCUCUGUGCUGUAUUCACCCACGGCCUUCUUUGCCUUGAGUCAAGGCCCUCUUCCUCACCUCGCUGAUGAACUCCUGCUGCUCAUCCAGCCCCUCUCAGUGCUGACUUUCCACCUCGACCUGCUCUUUGAGCACCACCACCUCUCCGUGGAUGUAAGACCCUUGUCCCGUCGGCUGGAGUCACCCCCGUCUCCUGCCCAUCACGCCGCUCAGGCUCGGGGGGCUCUGGAGCCUUCUCAGGGGGGCCACAGCAGCGCCGUGGAUGACGAGCUCCCCCCCGACGCCCUGGGGAGGGCAGCCGGCGCAGAGGGCAGCGCAAGGCCCCAGUCCCUGGCUGUGCCCGGGCUGGCCCCUGGCCCCCAGGUGGGCUCUGCCCUGCAGCAGACCUUCCAGCACGUGCUGCGGCGCCCUUCCAGCUGGCUGUCCCCCAGCGCACGCGUCCUGGCCGUGGUGGUGAAGGGGCUGGCGUCGGAGAAGUCCCGCAAUCAGGAACAGCCAGAGAGGAGCACAGCCAACACAUCCCAGACCCACAGGUCAGUUCGGGCGCUGUGUGACCACACAGGCACCACCGACGGUCACCUCAGCUUCCAGAAAGGGGACAUCCUGCAGCUGCUCUCCACCGUGGAUGAAGACUGGAUCCGCUGCUGCCAUGGAAACAGCACUGGCCUAGUUCCUGUGGGCUACACAUCCCUGAUUCUGUGA